AUGUCAACGCCGGCUGGAAGAGGACCGGUGGUGGAGGUGGUGGCAGCGGCGAACCUGAAGAUCGCGGCGGAGCCGACAAGGGAGGAGACGACAAUUGUAAGGGUGGAAGCGACGACGGCCUCGCCUGCAGAAGAGGCGGUCAGGCCCGAGAACAGCCCUGCUGCCCCGGUGGAUCUCCAGAGGAGGAGGAGCAGUCUGCAUUGUGCAGCUCGUUGUGCCGGUAGCGCUAACGUGGCAGACGGGGGGUUGAAAGAAUACAAGACUGAGCACCUUUGGUGGACAGAUAGAAGGAUAAUCACUGUCCAUGUCUUCAACCCUUUCGUCCCCGCCGAGGCCAUCCGUGCUUUUCUUCAGCGCCACAUCAACCUCCUACCGGGCCACAGGGAUAUCAGAGAUGUGUUUGGCAUAUGGAAUGAGAGCAGGCAGUUCAAGGCGCGCCUGCGUCCCGACCCUGUGGCCCCUGACGAGCUCCAUCAUCCUCCGUGUCUUCAGGCAUUAUCACUGGUGGAGAACAAAACUGAAGUGAUGGAGACGGCGAUGGAAAUGGCGGCGGGGGCUGGAGAAGCCCUUAGCGAAGCCAGCGAUGUCCGGGGUGCAAGCCCUGCCCCUACCUUGGCGGAGAUUCAACAGCGGAAAAAAGAAGAAGAAAAAGAAAAAGAAGUCCAUCGCCGGGACCAGAGGGACGUGAAUCUCGUCUUUCAAGAAUGGAGGAAGGAAAUGGCGUGGUGGACUCUGGCAGUUCUGCUGCUGUCUCUCUCCAUAGUCUGCUGUGCGGAAUCCAUCCAGGAGUUCACGUCCAGCACCCUCAUCAAUAACGUGGUGCAGGACCCCCUCACAGGCCGCAUCUAUGUGGGAGCCAUCAAUGCCAUCUACCAAUUGGACUCCUUGCUCAAGCAGGAGAAGAAAGUAGAGACUGGUCCCAAGAGGGACAGCCGCCACUGCACACCCUCUAUCCAGUCCUGCCACGAUGCCAAGAUGACAGACAACACCAACAAGCUGUUGCUAGUGCACCCGUCUAACGGCUCGCUCAUCGUGUGUGGAAGCCUCUUCAAGGGCAUCUGCUCCCUGCGGAAACUCAGCAGCAUUGACCACCUGAUCUACUAUAACGACAGCAAGGGUGAAAAGGCUUAUGUGGUCAGCAGUGAGGAGACGGUGUCUGUAGUAGGAGUGAUGUCAACCUUCACCAAAGAGAAUGAUACAUUUGAUGUGUUUGUCGUGGGGAAAGGCUACGGAAGCCAGGGCAACGUGAAGCUUAUCAGCACCCCCAUCCUGCAGGACUUUGGCAAUUGGGAUGUGUUUGAGGACAUUGUUGAGGCUCCUGCUAUUCCGGUCACCCCAUUUGUCAAGAAGUACAGGCACAAUUUUCGCUACUCAUUCAAGGAAAGUGGCUUCAUCUACUUCCUCUUCACCCGCACAAGAGGGGGGCUACAUAACAAAAACUUUACCUUCAUCUCCCGCCUUUGUGAGGAUGAUCACCAUUACUAUUCCUACAUGGAACUGCAGCUCAGCUGUGGCCCCAACAACAUGUACAACAAGGCACAGGCCGCCUUUGUCUCCUCCCCUGGGAAGGAACUGGCCCGAAACCUGAGCGCAUCCGGUCAGUACGGCCAAGUGCGGUCGCAGGACAAGGUUCUGUUCGUAGUGUCCAGCACCGAUGAAGACAAGCCCCGUUCGGGGCUCUGCAUGUACCCCCUGAGAUAUAUCAACCAACGAAUUAUGGAAAUCAUCAGUGCCUGCUAUACAAAAAAUGGGAAAAUUGGAAACAAAGUAGCUGUCGAUUCUCCGUACACAACCUCAGCACAUCUAUUAUGUUCAGUAUCAGUCCGUCAAGACACGCUGACAAAGUACAAAUGUAGUGCCGAUUUCCUGCCUUCACCGCUGGCCAGCACACCAGGCUUUGCGCUGGCUGCCCAAGCUGUCCACACCACCAGAGACCUGCUCACGGCUGUCGCCGUUGCUGUGGAGGCUGAGCGCACGGUGGCCUUUCUGGGAACCAGCAAUGGGAAGGUGUACCAUGUACACCUGUCCAGCACACCAGAGGUGUACCGAACUGUCCCUGGACCCAGCUCUGGUGAGGCAGUGAACAAACACCUGCUAUUCGACAGAAACCACAGGUAUCUGUACGUCACCACAGGAAAAAGGAUCUCAAUGGUACCGGUGGAGGAAUGUGAUAUGAUGAAGGACUGCAAGUCUUGCAUGGACCUCAAGGAUCCCUACUGUGGCUGGUGUGCCUUGGAGGGCAGGUAAGCACUCAGUUCACACCCAGUUAGCAGUGAGAUAUUCACUACUUUCUACACAACAGUUUGCUCCUACUGCUUUCUGCAUGAAUGGCUCCUUUGUCUAAGGCAUAAUAAAUGCAGACAGUCCUAUUUAACAACACGCCACAUUUCACGUAUCCAUAUUUUAAUUGAAUAAAUGGUUUGAUCAAAGUCAUUGAUGGAAAAAGUAUGUGAACUUC